AGAGCAGCCACAGCGACAGCAGCCAUGUGAGCGUGGCCCAGGCCGAGGAAGCAAGCCAGGAAGACCUGGCUGAGCUUCCGUGUUGCCCGGACGCCCAGCCAGCAUAUAAGGGCUGCCAGGGGAGGAGGUGCCAGACCUCACCACCUCCUCCCCAGCACCAGCCAGCCUCAGCCACCAUGUGCCACACCAGCUGCUCCUCAGGCUGCCAGCCGGCCUGCUGCCUGCCCAGCCCCUGCCAGGCGACCUGCUGCGUGCCCAUGAGCUGCAGGCCCACUGUGUGUGUGCCCGUGAGAUGUCAGGUGGCCUGCUGUGCGCCCGUGAGCUGCAGGCCCACUGUGUGUGUGGCCCCCUCCUGCCAGUCCUCCGUGUGCCUUCCCGUGAGCUGCUGUCCUUCCGUGUGUGUGGCCCCCUGCUGCCAGUCCUCGGGGUGCUGCCAGCCCCCCUGCCCCACCCUCCUCUGCAGACCCGUCUCCUGUAGCACCCCUGCCUGCUGCUGA